GGGAGGCGGGGGGGAGCAUGCCUGGUGAAGAUUGGCUGCCGGUUCCCCCCAAGAGGCUGCUUUGGAAACCUAGAGGGGGUGGUGCUAAACAGCCCAGAGCAGAGACUUCAACUUAAUCUAGCUUCAGCUCACUCCAUCCCACCGAUAGUGCCAGAUACAACCUUGGGGGAGAAUGCUUUUGCUUGCCUAGGCGCAGGCACACCCGUUUUAAGAGGCAGGUGUUGGCUCCUUGGCUGGGCUUGGCCCAGGCAGUGCCCUCCAUUCAGCUUGGCUCCCAUCGGCGCUCGUGGCAACCAGAGUCCCACGUUCUCUCCCUCUCUCUCCCCUGCAGCCAAGGGAGCCCUGAGGGGAGUGUCUCUGAGCCAUGAUGUCACCCUGCCCAUGGAAUGCCCUGGGCACUGUGCUGCUGGUUCUGGUGCAGGGCUGGGCGCUGUCCGUGAGUCAGGAGUACGACUACUACAGCUGGCAAUCCGACAACUUCCAGCAUGGACGCUUCUACACUAAGCAGCCCCAGUGCGUGGACAUCCCGGCCGACCUGCAGCUCUGCCACAACGUGGGCUACAAGCGCAUGCGUCUCCCCAACCUGCUGGAACACGAAUCCAUGCCAGAGGUAAAGCAGCAAGCCAGCAGCUGGGUGCCCCUGCUGGCCAAGCGCUGCCACUCCGACACACAGCUUUUCCUGUGCUCCCUCUUUGCACCUGUCUGCCUGGACCGGCCCAUCUACCCGUGCAGGUCGCUGUGCGAGGUGGUGCGCGACUCGUGCGCUCCUGUCAUGGAAUCCUACGGCUUCCCUUGGCCUGACAUGCUCAACUGCAACAAGUUCCCCUUCGACAAUGACCUGUGCAUCGCUGUGCAGUUUGGAAACAGUCAGGCAACUCAGCCACCAGGUAACUGCAUGGGGAGACUGCGAUGGGGGGAAAGGACCUGUGCUAAGAGAUUGUUUGGGAGGCAAUGUCUCUCUUACAGAACCCCACACUCAUCCUGCCCAUUAGACCUUGGGUCCUAGGGUAAUCCAGCUCUGCUCUCGCUGCUCCUGGCUCAGGUUAUCGUUCAAAGCUCUGCUGGUAUUGCAAAGUGUGCAAGAGACUGCCAGUCUAUCAGGGCAUAGUCCAGAAGGGUGGAUGGAGCACAAAGCAUGUAGGCUAGGCCCAGAAUUGGAGUUUGUCCCCAUGUUCAUUGCUUAUCCAAGCCUUUUCCUGAAAUGGUAGUAGCAAGUGGCUUCAAAGCUAAAAAUCAUCUCUCCUUUCUCUUCAUGUCCCAAGACGAGGCAGUUUCUCAUUACGUUUGCUAUGAGACAUUAUACAGUACUUGAGGCUCUGAGAAAAUAUCCUGUCACAGUUGCGAAAUGAGAGUCAUAAGUGGCUUUCUCAACACUCACAAUAUUUGUGGUGUUUAUCCCCCUCCUUUCGUGAAGUUUACAUAAUUUCCCAUUUCAUUAUGUUGAAAUAGCAUACCUCAACGAUGAGCUUGAUGCAUAUGUUGAUCUUUUGAUUCUUCCUGCUAGCUUGAAUGCUGCUAUAUGGCAGGGACAGGGAACCUGUGGUCCUAAAUUACAACUCCCAUCAUCUCUACCCAUUGGCUCUGCUGAGUAGGGGCUGAUGGGAGAUGGAGUCCAAUAACGCCUGAAGGGCCACAGGUUCCCCACCCUGCUCUAUAUAGGGCUUUCCUUGUCCUUGAGAUACCACCUCCAAAAGUCCCUUUUCAUAAGAAGCAUCUUUACAAAAGCAGCAGCAGCAUCCCAACACAGGGCAAACAAUCCAUCUGACCAUUUGCCCUGUAUCUGUUCCCUUGCAGAGGCACAGCCUUCUACACUGCAUACUCCCAGUGGGACAGCUUCCUAUCAGUUUCUAGGACAGCCUCUGCUGAAGAUUUCAAAUCUGUAAAAAAUAAUCCUUAAUUGGAUUAAACCAGGUUACAGUCAUGGGAAUAGGGUGGGUCCUGAAAACACACUGCUAGAACCCUAAUUUGGGCGGUCAGAAGCAGAAGCAGGUUACAGGGCUUAAAAGAUGGAAUGGAAGAGCAAGUUCAGCAAACACACAUAUCUACCUACGUGUGAUCAAUAGCAAAUUCUUUAGCUCAGCAACCACUGGGAGGCAGUGUCCAAUUGAACAGAGAACAUCCAAAGAGAUGUAUAGCAUAGGACACUUGGUAAGAUUGGAAACAGGAGCCAGAAUCCAUGACUUGUCUAUAGCUUAUCCUACUAGUCAGUGGAAUAGGGUACCUUACAAACCCCCACUUAAAGUGCAUAUGGCAACUUUGUUUUGUGCACACUGGGUGAGGUGGAGGGCAUCUCCCAAAAUCCAUGGUCACAUAUUUCAACACUCCUCUCCUAAUUUGAUGAGCAACAUUUUUCAUGGAUGAGUUUCCACCAGGCUCAUUUUGAAUUCAGGAGUAUCCUUGGAAGCACAGUAUAUUAUUUCAUUCCCCAAACAAGUGGGAAAUUCAGAGGAGCCUUUGCAGGAUCAUUUUCCUAGGAGGAUCGCUGCUUGGAGGAGUGAGCAGCAGAGAUUUAUGGUGCGGCUGUGAAAAUCUGUUUAUUUACAAAUGAACAGGCAGGGAACCAGGAGUAGCACAAAUAUUGCCUGUUAGCACAGACCUUGGAAUCCAAAGUCUAGCAAGCUCCAAGCACACUUCCUGCUUCUUCCUAGUCAUCACUUCCAGCAUCUAACUUAACACCAUCCGUUGAAAAAUUGCCCUCCUAAACAACCCUGUCUCUGAUCUCCAAGGAAGUCCUAUGGGAUUGACUCUCAAAACUGUAGGAUAGCUGGCGGGGGUGGGAGACCCUGGAAAAGGGAUGCAAAGUCUAAAACAGCAAUAGAGCCUAAGGCAGGCAUUUUAAGAACUUUAUUGACUUGCUGGUUUUAUGGUUAAUUUUCACAAUUUUAUCAUUUUAUAGUUUCACAACACACUGGUUAGACAUUACAGGGAUAAGCGAUAACUUGUUGAAAUGAAAAUGAACUCUCACUCACCCACACCAGGUAGAAUACCCUGAGCGAUGGCACCCCCAAAGAUUGAUCAUCCAUACCAGAUCUGGGAUGCUAAGGAACACCUACCAACUUGUUAUAAUGACAUUUCUCUGUGUGUGGCUUCAGGAGGGUGCCAGAGAUGUCCUAUUCUCUUCCUUGUUUCAUGCCAGUAUUAAAUUAGUGACCCAACUUACAGACUCUCCUAUCAGAGUAAGGAUCUCAACAUGCUCACCUAUAGAGCAGAUGGCUGGGUUGUGUGUCCUAUAAAGUUAGGGGCAAGUUUGAAAAGGCUAAAGAAACAAUGUCUUCAUGCAAAUGUCAGGUCACACUCACCUUUCAUACUGUUAGUUUUUUGUAGCAUAUAUAUAUGCUGGGGUAACUGUAGACAAAGGAUGUCAGAGGUCUUGUACUUUUAAUGUUGGUAUAAAGCUGGGAGCCUCAUAAGGGUCAGCUUCACACAUUAAAUACCUUUUCUACCUAUUAAAAGAUAAAGGAGCUUUGUCCUUCUUUACAUCUAGGCCAACCCUUGUCUGCUUACUCCUUCUCUCUGCUUUUCUUUCUUCUUCUCUGAAGAGAAGCAGAGUGGUGCUACAUCUCAUUUAACCCACCCUAGGACACAGAAUAGGGACGCGGGUGGCGCUGUGGGUUAAACCACAGAGCCUAGGACUUGCCGAUCAGAAGGUCGGCGGUUCGAAUCCCCGUGACGGGGUGAGCUCCUGUUGCUCAGUCCCUGCUUCUGCCAACCUAGCAGUUCAAAAGCACGUCAAAGUGCAAGUAGAUAAAUAGGUACCACUCCGGCAGGAAGGUAAACGGCGUUUCCAUGCGCGGCUCUGGUUCUCCAGAAGUGGCUUAGUUAUGCUGGCCACAUGACCUGGAAGCUGUCUGCGGACAAACGCUGGCUUCCUCGGUCAAUAAAGCGAGAUGAGCGCCGCAACCCCAGAGUCGGUCACGACUGGACCUAAUGGUCAGGGGUCCCUUUACCUUUACCUAGGACACAGAAUGGCCCAGGGGUGGGUCCCACCAUGUCCUCACGCAUUCCACCAGGAUGGAUAGCCAAAAGAGGCUCCAUAGCUUACCAUGGAGCAUUUCACCUGCCUGGAUUAAUAGUAAGCAUUCCCCUCAAUACAUAGCUAUAAGUCCAAGAGGAAGGCUGGUCCUCAGCUUCAUUUAUCACUGCUGUAGUCAUGACAUGAUGACAUGACCAUUCUUAGCCCAGGGGAUCCCCAACUGUGGCUCAUGGAUCAUCAGAGGCCCCCAAGAUUCAUUCAGGUGAUCCAUGGCAUGUUCAUAUUAAAUGCUCACAGCAAUUUUUAACUGUAUUUUUUAUUGCUUCUUUUAUUGUCUUGUAAGUUAUUAUACUUAUUAUUCCAUAGAAUUCAAAUUGUAGCACAAGAUAUAAAAAAGAAGCAAUACAAAAUACUAUACAAAACCAUGCAGUGUAUAGCCCAGCACAUUACAAUUCUUACAACAAGCAGAAAAAUCAUUAACUGGUCCGCCAAGACCCUCAGCAAUUUUCAAGUGGUCCAUGGGGAGAAACAUUUGAAUAUCACUGGCUUAGCCUACACUUCAGGCUAUUCCCUUCAGUCAGCCCAGACCACCAGAAUGUCGUUUUGCCCUUGACUGACAGGUUUGCGUCAUACAGCACAGAGCCUUGGUUUCCCUCAUCCUCUCCCAUCAAAUAUCUCCUUUGAUUUAUAUCAUUUUAACCCUCAUGCAUGCACUUUUAGGGGGCUGGAAGAUAGUAAAAUUAAAUGGAAUGUUAUUUAACUGGGGCAAAUAUAGGGGUUUGUAUAACGGGGGAAAUUAAGAGGUGGAUAAAGAAUCAGUUAAACGAGAAACAAAUAUUCCCCCCUCAAAAAAAAAAAAAAAAGAAGCCUUAUCCAGCUGUUCAAAAGGCUUUCCAAUAAGGAUUACGGGCUUCCUGUUUGGGUGAGCCAAACUCCCAAACCUUCUGUUAGUUCAAGAUACUACAUGACAGGCCAAAGAAAGUUCGUGACAAGGCAGAUGAUCUGGGAUUGAGAAUAAUCAUUAUUAGAUGUGGGCUGCCCAUGAGAAUCCAGCCAGGAAGUUGCAGGGCCAGAGCUGUGAGCAAUAUCCCAAACAUUUGGCAGGUGAGGACUCACUUUUUUUCCAUCUUGCAGUGUCAAAGAUCUGCACCCAAUGCGAGAUGGAGCACAAGGCAGAUGGCAUCAUGGAGCAAAUGUGUUCCAGUGACUUUGGUGAGUCAUCCGUUCAAAGCAGCAGGGAUUGGGGAGUCUCCGCUUGGGGCAUCUGAGAGUAAAGCUGAAGCUCCGCAGAACAACUGUUGAGAAUGUGUUGCAAAUUCUUUACUUGCAUUCCCCUAUUUUCUACAACUUCCUGGGAUUCAAGGUUCCCUUUGAACCCCAGCCUUUGCCAUCAGACCUCCAACAACUUCCAGUUUGUUUCUGGCCCAAAGCAAGGUACUGUUUUUGACCUAGAAAGCCUUACAACUCCACUCCAUUGCUUAGGACAGAGCUUGUAUUUUGAAGAAGAAGAGAAGAAGAGUUUUGGAUUUGCUUUCCCGCCUUUCACUCCCCUUCAGGAGUCUCAAAGCGGCUAACAUUCUCCUUUCCCUUCCUCCCCCACAACAAACACUCUGUGAGGUGAGUGGGGCUGAGAGAGCGUGACUGGCCCAAGGUCACCCAGCAGCUGCAUGUGGAGGAGCGGAGACGCGAACCCGGUUUCCCAGAUUACGUGAUUACCGCUCUUAACCACUACACCACACUGGCUCUCAAUUUUGCUGGCAGAAGGUCCCAGCAUUCCAGGUGGAAUGGGAAAAACCACUGUUCAAAGCUUUGCAGAGUCACUAUCUACCACUGUCAAUCAAGAGUGGCUAAGGCCCGUGUUGCUCCAGAUAUUGUUGGACUCCAUCAUCCCUGAUAACUAACCAAGGCUGGUGAGAGUUUGAGUCCAACAUCGGAAGGGUCACGUGGUUAGUCACCCCUGGUGUGUAGACAAUAUUGAACUGUUAGUAUGACUCAGUGUAAGGCAGCUUCUUAUGUUUAGGAGCAGACUGAGUCCAAGGUAUCUGAAGAACCACCCUCUGAACCUGCAUGCUAUGCAAGGCCCUUUGAGUAUUUCCACACCUGGAAAUUAGGGAAGAGGCCCUUUUAGGUGGAAAGACCCCGGAUGUGGAUUGCCUCCCCACAUAGAUUAGCUUGGCACAAACAAUAUCUUUUAGACGGUAGGCCUGUGAUUAGAGUGUUGAACUAGGACCCCCAAACAUCUAUUUAAUUGUGCAAUCUUGAUUUGUUCUCAUUACAUUAUUCGGGUGGUUAUGGUGGAUCCCACUUUCAAUAGUACCUGUUCAUACAAAGUUUUUAAGGCGCCUAUGGUCAAAGGUCCCUUUACCUUUACCUUUUUACAGUUUACUUGCCAAUCCAUGAAUGUCCUGUAGCUUCCUGCUGAGCUCCUGUAACUUUCCAUGCUGCAAAUCUUCAAAUGUUGGUUGGUUUGUUUUGCACUAUAGUGCAAGGUAUCCCUGCAGAUGGCAAUAAUGUGGUAAUAUCAGGGAAGCAUUGCAGAACCAUUAGUAAAGCGGAACUAUGUGUGAGUGGUCCGGUCUAAACCCAUAAUUAAUGCACAAUUAUUGUGCGAAUGACAUGUUGCAGAAAUAUAUAAAUAAAAGUUAAGACCAGCAUUCUGGAGGCACGGCUCCAGAUCUGAAGAAACCAAGACCAUAGCUGUCAACUUUUCCCUUUUCUUGCAAGGAAUCCUAUUCAGAAUAAGGGAAUUUCCCUUUUAAAAAGGGAAACAUUGACAGCUAUGACCAAGAUGCAAAUCCCCACUUGGCCAUAGAACUCACUGGGUAACCUUAGCCUAGUCCAACUAACUUUAUAGGGUUAUUGUGAGGACAGGAGGUUGGGGGAAGGGAGAGAGACAUACGCAUGGACUUGCGUUCCUAGUAGGAAACAAGGAUAAACAUGCAAAAUAAGCAAAGAAAGCAUGUCAGGCCUGCUUGUCUGUUUGCUUAAGCUAUUAACUAGUUGUAACUAUUUCAUCAGUAUUAUUUCUGCUGGUGUUUUUUAUAUCAUCUGUAUUUUUUAAUCUAUGUUAAUUUGGUCUUAAUUAGGCUUAACACCAUGCAGAAUUCGUUCAUUGCCCUGAAGACUGUUUAUACUGGAAAAUCAACAUACACAUUUUUAAAACAAAUCAUCAUAAAAAUAAAACGUGAUGUGCCUCAUUCCAGAAGAAAGGAGGCCGGCCCGCUACUUCAGAUGAUAAUCCCAGAAAAACAGUUAAACGCUGAAAAUAGUAGGCAAGGAUCAGAGAGGUUUGUCAGAUCUGUCUCCCAGCAACUCCCCUUUGAGGCAUCCAUCUCUUUGAUGAACUUUUGGCUUCAACAGCGAUGUUCCCAGUUGACCAUGGCAAAGAGGGUUCAGGCUGACACAGUGUGGUUAAAAAAAAAAAGUUAAAACAAAGCAGUGCAGUAUCCACCCAGAAGCUCUUUUUGCUUCAGAUUUCAGCAUGACCAGUAAGGCAGUUUAUACUGGUGCUAACAAGAUAUACACAGGAGAGACCCAUCCAGAAAGUGGUCAGAAAUCAACACCUUUACCUUCUUUCCUUGACACACAUCAUACAAGCUGGUUCCAGGGUAGAACACCACUUUUUCUCAACACACAAGACCAGGCAAUUUGGAUCAUCAGCUGUUGAUUAUGCAUCUUGGGCAUGAUGUGUGGGAGGCCGAGAACCACUUCACAUGAGAUAUUUCCCCCACACAUGAUAUGGCUGCCAGCCAUCUAUAGGAUCCUCUUCACAUAGAAAAUCAGUGCAUGGAUACAAUCACAGUGAUUUCCACAAUUAUGCAGCGGCUGCAAAGUCCUGCUAUAGUCAACAAAAUUGAUCCUUGAGGUAACUAACCCUGUACUUCCAAAAACAAAGCUAUUAAGAUAUACUGCAUUUUCCAUACUUUUAUGAAGCCAACCUACUUGCCAUUGGAAAUGCAUUAUUGGCACUAUAUGUAUACACGCAUGUGAUGAGAACAGAAUUUCACCUUAUCCUAAACAUACAGAUUGAAAACAAGGACGCAAAAAAAAUACCUAAAAGCUUAUAAAAUAACACCAACCAAUUCAUAGCAAUCCAAGACAUAUGGUUAGAUUUUUAUUUAUUUUUAAAUGGUAUUUAGAACUCCUGCAUAAGGAACUUCUGUACAAGAAUAUGUCACUGCAUCUGACAAAGUUGAGAAGCAUCUGGGAUUCAAGGGGGUCACAGAACUUCACUAAAUAAUAUUGAUUAUAUUUUAUUGAUUGCACUGAGUUUCCCCAUGUUUUUCUACAUGUUGUUGCCAUAUGACUCUUACUACAGUCGUGGAUUCAGCCAUCUGAAGUUUUUUAAUUGCAUAGGUUCUGUGCAAGGUUGUGCUUCCUAAGCUUUUAGAUUGUAACCUUGUUUUCAAAUCUUUUAUAAGGUCAAAUUCUAUUAUUAUCACAGGCUUGCAUAAAUAUUGUAAAUGCGUUUUUUGGCCCUAUAGUUAUUACGUUGACAUUAUAGAAAGGUGGAAAAUACACUACUGUGUAUUAUUUAUUUAUAGCUUUUUUAACCUUGAUUUUUGUGUUGUUUAUUUCUGGCAUGCAGUCAGAUAUUUUCUUUCAUUUCUGGUUUUUGUAGGAGUAGGCUGGAGCAUUCACCGCUCCACUCCUGGACUAAGGACAAAAACCUGGACGACUUGCACCUGUUGAGGAACCUUACUCCAAUGAACCUGUGAUGGGUUUAAAAGCUUAAUAGAUGGUGGCUUGUCUUUUUGUCAAAUACAAAUCUAUCAUUUACAAACAAAUAUACUCAAUAGGAAGUUGAAGAGGAAUUCCAUGACCUCUCAUUCAGUCAGAGGAGACAAAGCAGAUCCUGACAGUCUGUGUGACCCCACUCUAUUACCUACUCCUCAUCUCCCCUUGGUGACUUUUUUUUAACAGGGCCAAAUACUUAGCUGUCAAACAAGUCAGUCCUCCUAAUCCCUGUCCUUAUGAACUCACACCCCCUCUUCUUGUUCCUUCACUUUGACUUUACCCAACUGCCUGUAAGCUCCUAACACAAUCUGCUUCCCAUUUACCCCUACAGUGGUGAAGAUGCGCAUCAAGGAGAUCAAGAAAGAGAAUGGGGAGAGGCGAUUGGUGGCUGCGCAGAAGAAGAAAAAGCUCCUCAAAGUGGGGCCAUUGAAGCGCAAGGACACCAAGAAGCUGAUGCUGCACAUGAAGAACGCAGGUGCCUGCCCCUGCCCCCAGCUUGAUGACCUCAGUGGCAGCUUUCUGGUGAUGGGGCGAAAGGUGGGUGGGCGGUUGCUAGUCUUGGCCAUUUACCGCUGGGAGAAGAAGAAUAAGGAGAUGAAAUUUGCUGUCAAAUUCAUGUUCUCCUACCCUUGUUCCAUGCACUACCCCUUCUUCUAUGGGGCAGACCCCCACUGAAUCCCCACUCAUUCCAAGAACCCUGCUCACUCUUCUUCACAGCACUCCCCACACUUUUUGGUUCCCCACUCAUAGCCCACAGAAUACCCUUUUUUAUAUGGGGUGACCUACAGAAAGCCACAUACUGUUGGGAGCCCAUCCCUGCAACAGGACUCUUUCUUCUAAAGCACAAACUCCAUUAGGACCAGCUCCAUUAAGUUCCAGAUCAGAGUUCUGCCCAUCUUGGAAGCUUUGGAGAACAUGCAGAAAUCCACCUCAUUCCCAACACACCUUCACUAGAAGAAUAAGUCUUAGCACCUGCAAGCAAACAUCUCUUAUCAAUCCCAGUACACCCAAGCUCCAAUAGAGGCUGAAUCACACAGAAUUUUAGUUGCAACCUUUAGUGGAACAUUUAAGGAAAAUCCCAGUCCAUUCUUAAUUCCUACUAGUGAGAAGCCAAAGAUUUUGAAACAUUAUGAGCAGGGCAACCAAUGCUUUCCAGUCGCAACCUUUCAUUUUCAUAGUGCAUUGAACUACUUAGUUACAGGGAUGGGAAACCUGCGGCCCACUAGAUAUUGUCAGACUCCAAAUCCCACAUUCCCAGCUAGCAAACCUAAUGGGCAGGGAUAUUGAGUGCUGUGGUCCAGCAACAUCUGGAGAGUCUAACAUCCCCAUCCCAUCCCUGACUUAGUAGGAGUUGGCCAGGCGCAGUAUGAAGCUCUAAACAUCUCAGACUGCCAGACACCAGAUGCGUUGUACAAGCUACAAUGUCCCAACUAAUACUUCACUGGACUGACAAUCCCCAGUUCUGGCCUCCUCUCCUAGGUUCUGCAUAGCAUCUUCUCAAGCCAUGUAGAACCUUAAGCAGACACUAAGCAAGGCCUCCCUAGAAGCCUCCCCCAAUUUUCAGCUCAUAGAAUCAUAGAAUCAUAGAGUUGGAAGAGACCACAAGGGCCAUCGAGUCCAACCCCCUGCCAAGCAGGAAACACCAUCAGAGCACUCCUGACAUAUGGUUGUCAAGCCUCUGCUUAAAGACCUCCAAAGAAGGAGACUCCACCACACUCCUUGGCAGCAAAUUCCACGUCGAACAGCUCUUACUGUCAGGAAGUUCUUCCUAAUGUUUAGGUGGAAUCUUCUUUCUUGAAGUUUGGAUCCAUUGCUCCGUGUCCGCUUCUCUGGAGCAGCAGAAAACAACCUUUCUCCCUCCUCUAUGUGACAUCCUUUUAUAUAUUUGAACAUGGCUAUCAUAUCACCCCUUAACCUUAACCCCUUAACCUCCUCUUCUCCAGGCUAAACAUGCCCAGCUCCCUCAGCCGUACCUCAUAAGGCAUCAUUUCCAGGCCUUUGACCAUUUUGGUUGCCCUCCUCUGGACACGUUCCAGUUUGUCAGUGUCCUUCUUGAACUGUGGUGCCCAGAACUGGACACAGUACUCCAGGUGAGGUCUGACCAGAGCAGAAUACAGUGGCAUGACCAUUGGCUACUACUCUGGCUGGGAGUGAUGAAAGUUGUUGUCCAGGUUGCAGGAGGCUGCUGGCCUGUUAUAUGAUUGUGAUGCUUGAAGGCGGAUGACACCCCUCAACUAAAAAGUCCAGGUCUUCUGUCAUGACAUGGUCAUCAUUGCAUCGGCAUCUUUUGAGGCACAGAUCUGUACAGCAUCCUUAAACAUCAUGGGGCAGAUCCACCCCAUAGAUUUUGAACGCAUUCAACACACAUCUAAAGCCCAUGACUUCCUUCCCCCCCCCUCAAAAAAAAUAAUAAUCCUGGGAACUGUAGUUUGGUAAGGGGAUUGGGAAUUGCAGCUGUAUGAGGGUGAAACAAUGAUUCCCAUGAUUAUUCAGGGGAGGUCAUGUGAUUUAAAUGUGCACCGAAUGUGCUUUGAAUGUAUGGUAGGGAUCUGUGUGUGGCAAUACCAAGCGAGGUAUGAGGCAGUGACUUGGAACUGUUCUUAACACAAACACUCUGCCUGAGGCCUUCAUGGUCCCUUACAGAGUAAUAGACAUCAAGUGGUCUAUAGGUUUAAUUAUUCAAGACCAUUUGUAAUUGGGGAUGGACGGAUCACUUUGCUAUAUGAAACCGUUUAUGUGAAGUUUCACUGAAAAAUAUGCCCGUCACCAAUUCUGCCUCCUUCCCCUCUCCAUGUUUACUUGCCUAUGGGCCUGUAGAAAUAUCAUGACUAUACCAAGUAGGUUAGUGCGCCAACCCCAGAGGAGCACAUCAGACCUGUGCAUGCACCAGUGAGGAACCAAACCACCAACUGGGCCUGCCGGGUGGCUGUGUCCACCACACAGGAUGCCAGACCACCAACUGAGCCUGCCCGACAGAUGGCAAACACAGGACGAAUGUGUCUCCCUGGGGCCCUUCCAUCUGGCAGUUUUCCAGACUCCUGAAUGGUCAAGACCAGCUGGCAAGUUAACCCUGGAGCGAAUAUUUAUAGCAUCAGCACUGCCAGUUUCACCGCUCCCCACACCAGCUGUGGGGGAGUGGGGGCUGCCCAACACAAAGCAAGCUGUAGGAAUUGAGUCUGGCUCCCACACACAGAGGGGUUUUUCACUGGGGCUCAUUCCCAGCCAAAGUUUGCUGAGGAAGAGAGGGUGGUAGCUGAGGAGCUCUUGAAAGAACCUCUCUUCCACUCAGGGAAUCCUCCGCCCUCAGAUUUUCCAGAUGAGCUGCUUCGCAAAUCAUACAGCAUGUCACACACACAACUUACUGUUGAGUUCAUGGUUUUUGGCCACAACUGCGUGUCAUGACUCACUUUUCCCUGCACACUACUGAGAGGAUGUUGUUGAAGAUUCAACCACCAGUUCGAUCAGUUUUUGUACACUGAAGUGGUGGUGGUCGGGUGUUGCCAUCUUGUCCUUUGCCUCAAACCGCUAAGUGUCUUUGGCUAGCCUUGCCUUUUGUCAUGGCAAACUUGCCGUCCUGCUGGAGGGUGCUGAGGGAAAACGACUGGGCUGGUAAUGUCUCACACACAGUCCCCUCAAAAAUGUGAGCUAUUUUGUUCCCCCUAGGACUUCAGUCCCCUUCAGAUUGUGAACUGGGAUAUAUUUACAAGCUAGGUCAUUCCCCACUGUUCUUACAUUUUGAUUUAUAUGGCCUGCACAUCACUUGGACACUGACAGAUUCUCAUGGCACCUGACAGCUUCAGUUUUCCAAUAUCCACUCUAAUAAAUCCCAUAGAACUUAUCCUGAUCACCAUCUUGCCUGCUUGGUUUUGCCACCAUUUUGCUGAAAUUUUCAUUGACCCUCGUUUCAUCUCGGGGACAUGCAUGCAGAUCUUAAGACAACUCUUGCUCUUGCUGUGUUCUCUAUCAUUCAGGAUUUUUUCAUUAUUUUUAUUAAUUCCAAGUCUUUCAUUUAAAAAGUGUUCCAGCUUCAUUUUAUGAGGUGCUUUUUAAAAAAAAUAAAAAAUGAAUCUUUCACAAAAUGAAGCUGGAGCACUCAUGUUGUGGCAUCUGCAUAGCAUUUCCAGCUCAGCCAAGUAUUCAUAAAAUAUUUAUUUUCUGCUUAUGGCAGAUCCAAAUUCAAAAUUAAUUCCCAUUGAUAUCAUAACUAACUUGCCCCAUUGAUUUCAGUGGGAAUUAGGUCUGGCCCAGCCCCAAUGUUUUGAGUCAUAUGCUGUAUUCAUGCUGCAUUUAUUUCAUGUCAAGGUCAUCAGGGACACUGAAUUCUGGCAUCAUUGUUGUGUUUAGAGUACUGCCAUUAUCAUUCUGGUAACAGCAGGCUUUAAUCAUGAAUGUAGCACUCCAUUUUCAGUUCCCCUAAUCAACAGAUAAUCAAUGAGAAAGCUAAGCAAGUUCUUCUGCCUCAAAUUUGCUUGCAAAAGCCAACUUAUACAUUCCACUCAUUUGACUUUUAUCUCAACAUUAUUAUUUAUGGAUACUUGUGGAUUUUUUAAAAAGGCACUGGGUUUAUCAAAUUAAUAUUAAUUUUUUUCAGAAGCAUCCUUCAUAAUUUAAUUUGAAAUGACACUUCUUUUUGAUGCAGAAAUACUAAUAAGCCACAGGAAAUUACCUGCAACUUUAGCGUCUGAUUUCAUUGCAGCACUAAACUCCACUCUUCACUUCCCUCAUUGCCAUAUCCAUACAGGCCCUGUUAAGAGUUCCCCCACAGCAGCACAGUGGUUCUUGGGUCUAGCUUGCAGCACUGCCACUUCCUUACAUCUGCGAUCACACGGCAAUAAAUAGAACAAAAGCUUUUGCAUUAUCUUAGCGGGAGAGUCUGCCAAGAUCUCUCAAUAUACCGGAAGCUGCAUAUUGAGCCACAGCCGCUGCACUCUUUAUCAUAUGCUCAGUUCUGUAUGAAAACCGCCAUCCAGCGAAGCUUAAAAUGUCAUACUGCGCUAGCAGUACAGGAAAAUUUAAGAAAUACUGUUUAUUGAGCGAGUAUUGGGAGUACCAUCUCCACAAUGUAGUAUUUUGGACCCGAGUUGGGUUUUUUGUACUGCUUAAAGAACUAUUUCAGCUGUUUUUACUGUAUGUCUGUGAGCUGCCUUGAGAUACAUGUAAGAAGCAACUUAUAAAGUUAAUACUACAGCUGCACCAGGUAGGCUAAUUGCUCCUGAGGAAUCAUCCUGCUCAUGAGUGUUUACCAACCGGCUGAAGACCAAGUUCACCAGUUGCAGGAGGGUGGCUUCUCAGUUGUGCAAGAGUGAACGAGCUGCUAGCAUCCUGCCAUGUGGCACUUUGUCCUCUUGCACAUUUCCAACCUUAUGACGGGGAGGUGGCGGCCACAUGCUACAACCAGGCAACAUGGAGGACCAGCUCUCCAUGUGGCUGCACUUUGUAACUCUACAAGGAGCCGCCGUACCAAAAUAUAAAAUAAAACAAGUCAUCCCAAUCCGUGUUAUACCUGUGUAAAAUGUCGCCGAGAUCUGGCCUUUGGGAGUAAGCUAUAGAAUCUCAAGCCUUGCUGUAAGUACCAGAAGGGAACCGAGGAGGAUGCGAUUCUAAACACAGGGAACAUUGUGUGAACUUUAGCUAACAAGGCAGCCUUGUUCUUUCUUUCUAUAAUCCUUUCUCCUCAUUCAUUGUACCCGUGACAGAACCUGACCUUUUCCCUAAGGUUAUUUCCAAGAGCAGCGACUGUGUUCGUUUGCCAAGGAUGGUUUAUUUCAUACUAGAAUUCAAAUAAAUCAUCAGUGACAUUUCAGCCCCAGAUUCAAGCACCAGCAAGCUGUGACAUGGCACUGAGGAGUCUGCCCAUGCUUUUUCCUGCUAAGAUGGUUGAGGGGAAAGCAGAGGCUACACCACAACUCAAUAUUCAAAACCAUCUGCAAGAGAAUGUUGUUUUAACCUCCUUUUACAGAUUACCUGAAAGAAGCACCAUAGUUCCCUACAGGUACUCUACUUACACAUAAAACCAACCAGCAAGCAGUACAGAGUGAAGGAUCUGUCAAUUUCAUUCUCCCCGUUUCUCUUUUUUCCUAUCUUAUAUUCAGUUCUUCGCAUUGCAGCCAUUUGCAAUUUUUUAAAAUCCUCAUGAAAAUUCAUCAGCCUUUUAGCGCACACUUCUCUCAAUAGACGUGUUGUUAUAUGCAAUUUUGACUUAUGUACACAUUUUUGCAAGCAAUUUCCCCUAACAUGAUUUUGUAUGCUAUUUUCACAAAUAACUUCAUUUUUCACACACACACACACACAAAUAUGUGCAUUUCUGUAAACAUUGCUUGGCUGGAGAACUGCAUCACAAAAUUUGGCUAAGUGUGAAUUUCAAAGGAUCGCUGUCUUUCAGUUCAUGAAUUGUUUUGGAAAGUGUGUAUUUGAUACCAUUUGGCUUCAGAUACAUAUGGAACUGAACUCCUCUUCCAUCCCUAGCAAGUGGGAAGAAAGUGAGCCAAGGCCCAUCACUCACACGGAGGGUGAACAUCUGAUGUGGGGAGACCCCUGUACUUGCAGAGCCUUCCUGCACAAUUUUAAAGCUAUUUAAGCUACCAGCCAUCAUCUCUCUUAGUGAUUAAUUCCAGGAGCUGUAUUCUGUAUCAUGUGAAAAAGUACCUUUUGUUUGGCCUGAAUCCAUUUCCAGUCUGGUUUUGUAUCUUGUGUGUGUUCGUGCCCCCCACCCCCAAUUAAAAAUGCUUCACCCC